UAUGUUUAGUCUAAACAUAGAUUUUAAGACUAAGACUGAUUUAUUGAUCCGUAUGGAAAUUUGUUGUGAUUACAAGGACUCAUUUCUCAUAUAAAGACAACACAACAGAAACAUUCACAUAAAUAGAACAGACACAGACAUAAAGAGUUUAUUCAGUGACUACACACAGACGUCUUGAUCUUUCUCAUGCCUCCUAGUCAACGAGUGGCGCUGAGAUAAAGUCUGACCGAGUAAAGAACGAGAGACUAUUUGUACCGUUCGGUUCUAAGUCUUGAGUGACUGAAGUCGCACACUUCGCGACGACUUGACCUAGUUAUGACGGUGCGUAUGCAGUUUAUUUUAAACUCGAGCUAAAACUAAACUCAUUUGGGCUUAAAUAUAAAUAUUCCCUUCAGGAUGCAAAGGAUGCUGGCAGGACUUGAACUCUAGAGAAUGGCCACUACAGCUGAAGCUUGACUUAUAUUGAAGAGAAAAUGAUCAACAAGUGUCUUAUAUUCGCUUUGAUUGGAUAUUAUCUUAGCAGCAGCAGUACUCCAGUGCAAGCUAUCUUGUGUUAUCAGUGCGCUGACUUAAAAGGUGAAACAAAUUGUCAGACCAACUUUGAGCUGCUGGCCAAUGCGUCUUUGCUCCUUACCAAAGAGUUCUUCCAAAACUGUACCGAAUCAAAUCAUUUGUGGAACAAAUGCAUGAUUGAAAGAUAUUGGCUUUCAAAUGAACUGAUGACAUUUCAUCGCGGGUGUCAUGACGGGGAAAAUUUCAUCCGGAUGUUUAACGAAUCCCGAUUCCAGGGCUUAAAGCCUAAUAAUCUGACAACGUGCGCCCACUUGGGAGACUCGGGCACCCAUUUCGCCUGCUAUCAGUUCUGCGACACAGACUUCUGUAACGGCCCUGCCAAACCCGAAAAUAAAACCUGCAACGUCACAGUGUCGUCUGCGUACUAUGAUGAAAUCGAGGAAGAGAUAUGCGCUGUCAAGGGACUUCAUUAUCGUCCAGAAACUGUAUUUUUGAACUUGGCUUGUCUGGCUGUGACCAUUUUGUCUGUGAUUGGUGUACAUACUGUGGAAGUGGCAUUGUAGUUAUAGUCAUAGUCUUGUUAUUAAAUUUUAUUCUGUCUUCGUGGCCAAGACUUAUAUUGGAAAUGUUGCUGUUACGAGCAGAUGAGACUCUUUUAAUCCUACACCAACACAGAACUAUACAAGUCGUUGAUUAUGAGAACUUUAAUCUUGUUCAGCAAAUAAUAAUGUAAAUAAUCUUCUCGUUCACAAUACUCCACUUUUCUCUUCUCUUAUUUCAGCACCUAUUCUCACCAUUCCACGCUCACACUAAGCUGCGCAGGUAACAGAUACACUUGGUUAUAUUCUAGUUUUAGACUCUUGGUGGCCAAGACUUUAAUUGGAAGACAUUUAGCGGGGAUUUUAUUCAAACUGUUGAAUAAUUUGAAUAUUUCUUGGACAAGGAUUAUUGAGUGACGCGAAUAAAUAUCUAUGAAUCAAUCAAUCAAACAAUCUAUCUAUCUAUCUAUCUAUCUAUCUAUUUAUCUAUCUAUUUAUCUAUAUAUCAAUCGAUCGAUCUAUCUAUCUACCUACCUAUAUACCUACCUACCUAUCUACCUACCUAUCUAUCUAUCUAUCUACCUAUCUAUUUAUCUAUCUAUUUAUCUAUAUAUUUAUCGAUCGAUCGAUCUAUCUUUUAUCUAUCUAUUUAUCGAUCCAGUGCUUUUUUCUGACGGUACGCACUGGUACGGCGUACCUGCACCUUUUUCAAUGUGGGGAAAAAUAUUGCUUUUCUUGUAUUUUAACGUUUAUUAUUAAUUUAUUAGUAGUUAAAAGUUAGGCAAUCCAUCACUGAGUACCGGCACCUAUUUCUUU